CGAGUCGUAUCUGAGCGAAGCGUUCCGUCCUUGCUGCAGGACUAAGGAAUAAUCUGGUUUUCUUUCGGAGACGGCUUGAAAGUCUGGUUUCUAACUAUCCUCUUUUGUGUUUGCAGCUCCUCAAAAAUGACCUCUGGCCGCUGCUCGCCGUCGUUCUUCCGUGUGGGUUUCCCUGACCGUCGCCGCUGCCGCUCCGGGCUCCUUCAAGCAGCAGAACUGAAAGCCUCACAAGACAGCGAUGGCUUUUUCUCUAGAAUUUGAAUAUGGAGGCCACAGGGACAGAUGAAGUAGAAAAGAUCAAAUCAAAGUUUAUGUCUGCAUGGCACAACAUGAAAUACAGUUGGGUGUUGAAAACAAAAACUUACUUCAGUAGGAACUCUCCAGUCUUUCUGCUGGGAAAAUGUUACCACUUCAAAACUGAGGAAUCUGGAGAGCUCUCUACAGAUGGGUCCAAUUUUGAUAAAAUCAACACUGAGAUUUCGGGGAAUGUCGAGGAGUUCCGCAAAGAUUUCAUUUCUCGAAUCUGGCUGACCUACAGAGAGGAAUUCCCUCAGAUCAAAGGCUCUGCUUUAACCACAGACUGUGGCUGGGGCUGCACGCUCAGAACGGGGCAGAUGCUGCUGGCUCAGGGUCUGAUGCUUCACUUCCUUGGGAGAGCCUGGGUGUGGCCAGAAGCUCUGGACAUGGACAGCUCUGACUCGGAGUCCUGGACCAGCAGCACUGUGAGGAAGCUCACGGCCUCCUUUGAGGCGUCACUCACGGCCGAGAGGGACCCCAAGAUCCUGCCCCAGCCCCAGCGAGGCCCAGCGAGGAGGGACUGGGAUGUCACCGAGAUGAGGAAUGAAGUUUAUCACAGGAAAAUCAUCUCCUGGUUUGGUGACUCCCCGCUGGCAGCCUUUGGGCUGCACCAGCUGAUAGAGUAUGGGAAGAAAUCCGGGAAGAUGGCGGGGGAUUGGUAUGGGCCCGCCGUGGUCGCGCACAUUUUGAGAAAAGCUGUUGAAGAAGCAAGAGACCCAGAGCUGCAAGGAGUAACAGUCUAUGUUGCUCAGGAUUGUACAGUCUACAGCUCGGAUGUUAUUGACAGGCAGUGCUCUUUUAUGGAUUCUGGGAAAGCAGGCACAAAAGCUGUAAUUAUAUUGGUUCCUGUGAGACUCGGUGGAGAGAGAACAAACACAGACUACUUGGAGUUUGUAAAGGGAAUUUUAAGCCUGGAGUAUUGUGUUGGCAUUAUUGGUGGCAAACCCAAGCAGUCCUAUUACUUUGCUGGAUUCCAAGAUGACAGUUUGAUUUACAUGGAUCCUCAUUACUGCCAAUCUUUUGUAGAUGUCAGCAUAAAGGAUUUCCCUCUUGAGUCAUUCCACUGUCCUUCUCCAAAAAAGAUGUCAUUCAAAAAAAUGGAUCCGAGCUGCACAAUAGGAUUUUACUGUAGGACUGUGCAGGACUUUGAGAAGGCUUCUGAAGAAAUCACCAAGAUGCUGAAAUCUUCAUCCAAGGAAAAAUAUCCCCUGUUUACUUUUGUCAAGGGUCAUUCUAAAGACUAUGACUUUGUUUCCAGUCCACUCCAUGAAGAAAAUGACCUUUUCUCCGAGGAUGAAAAGAAAAGACUAAAGAGAUUUAGUACAGAGGAGUUUGUCUUGCUUUAAGGACAUUUUACACAAGAGCAUCGGCAGCUGUCCAGGAGAACACUUGCCUUUUAACUAUAAAAAGCAUACCUGAAUUCCUCCUCCAGAAAGGCAAGCCUGUGCUGAGAUUGUUCUAUUUUCAUAAAGAUGAUAAUGUUUUAUAUGUUAAAAGUCUUUAAGAUGUCAGUUACUAAUGUAUGUACUAAUUAUUUUUGCUCACUGCUGGCUGGAGGAGUGUCCGUGCCGUUGUGGUCGUGAAGGGAAAUGCUUUGCUCAGAGCCAGGUGUGCCUGCCAAGCCUGGCCAGUCCCUAUAUGCCAGCCUGUGCCCUCCUGUGCUGCCAUUCCAGGCCUCUCCUGAGCAGGGCUGCCAGCUGUGCCAGCUGUGGCUGGGUUUUGCCAGGGAUCCAGGGCUCUGGAGACCCUGCUGCUCCUGUCUGCAGCACGGCUGGAGUCGUUCCUGCGGGAAGGGGACACGUCCCAGCUGUGUGGCCUCAGUGGCUGUGCUGCCACCCUGCCACCCAUCCCGAGCAGCUCCUGCUGGAAAGGUGAGGGUGAUGGAUCAGGAGUCAGUGUGGAAAGGUGAGGGUGAUGGAUCAGGAGUCACUGUCACUCGCAGCCCUGCUGUAAUUAUAUAGGCUGAAUUGGGAGUUAAGAUACUAUUUAGCAGUAUGACUUUCUAAUGGUUUCUCAUUAAGCUUGCUUUGGAGCCUUAAUAUGAGGAGUGAAGAUAAAGUAUUACCUUUCUCCACAAUUUUUAAAGGUUAUACUAUUAAUAUUAACUGCAACCAAUCAAAGCAGCUGGAGACAAUUAUUGGAAGAGAGCAGUGUUUGUUUCCUGUUUCAACUACCAUAAUGGUGAGGCUUCUCCUGCCAGAGCAGCUUUUAAAUCAAAGCAAAAGGGGGUGGAUGUGGAAAAUUCUGGGCUGUGAUGAUUUUUUUUGUUUUGAUACGUGUUGUUACUGUACAAAUGAUUACUUGAUGGUGUGUGUUCUCAGAUUGCAAACAAAUGUACAGAAAUAGUUUCAUGUUUUAACAAAGUAAAUGCAAUAUUUAAAAAACCAUAUUAACGCUGCUUGGGAAAUAAAAGAGGUGUGAAAACAUGAA